CAGAGCUCGAGGCCGAUAGAGGCGCCGCGGCCGGGACGCCCGCGGAGACAGCCGCCGCUGCCCGGGGCCCCUCGCGGCCCCCACCCUUGUGAUCAGUGGCCAGCGGCCGGAUUGAACCAUGAGCUACCCAGGUUAUCCCCCUCCCGCAGGCGGCUACCCACCAGCUGCACCAGGUGGUGGUGCCUGGGGAGGUGCUGGCUACCCCCCACCCAGCAUGCCCCCGAUCGGGCUGGAUAACAUGGCCAACUAUGCAGGGCAGUUCAACCAGGACUACCUCUCAGGAAUGGCAUCCAACAUGUCUGGGACAUUCGGAGGAGCCAACGUGCCAAACCUGUACCCUGGGGCCCCUGGGGGUGGUUAUCCUCCCAUCCCCCCGGGGGGUUUUGGGCAGCCGCCAUCCGCCCAGCAGGCUGUUCCUCCAUAUGGAAUGUAUCCGCCCCCUGGAGGAAACCCGCCCUCCGGGAUGCCUUCCUAUCCCCCCUACCCAGGGGCUCCUGUGCCAGGCCAGCCCAUGCCGCCCCCUGGCCAGCAGCCCCCGGGGCCCUACCCCGGACAGCCGCCGAUGACCUACCCUGGGCAGCCGCCCAUGCCACCUCCUGGGCAGCAGCAGCAGCCAGUGCCAAGCUACCCGGGAUACCUGGGGUCUGGGAGCGUCACCCCCGCUGUGCCUCCAUCCCAGUUUGGAAACCGAGGCACCAUCACAGAUGCUCCUGGCUUUGACCCCUUGCGAGAUGCCGAGGUCCUACGGAAAGCUAUGAAAGGCUUUGGGACUGAUGAGCAGGCCAUCAUUGACUGCCUGGGAAGUCGCUCCAACAAACAGCGCCAGCAGAUCCUCCUGUCCUUCAAGACUGCUUAUGGGAAGGAUUUGAUCAAAGAUCUGAAGUCUGAACUGUCAGGAAACUUUGAGAAGACAAUCCUGGCUCUCAUGAAGACCCCGGUUCUCUUCGAUGUCUAUGAGAUAAAGGAAGCCAUCAAGGGGGCUGGCACUGAUGAAGCCUGCCUGAUCGAGAUCUUCGCCUCCCGCAGCAACGAGCACAUCCAGGAAUUAAGCAGAGCCUACAAAACAGAAUUCAAAAAGAGCCUGGAGGAGGCCAUCCGAAGCGACACGUCCGGGCACUUCCAGCGGCUCCUCAUCUCUCUGUCUCAGGGAAACCGUGAUGAAAGCACCAACGUGGACAUGACGGUGGUCCAGAGAGAUGCCCAGGAGCUGUAUGCAGCCGGGGAGAACCGCCUGGGAACAGAUGAGUCCAAGUUCAAUGCAAUUCUAUGCUCCCGGAGCCGGGCCCACCUGGUGGCAGUCUUCAACGAGUAUCAGCGGAUGACCGGCCGAGACAUCGAGAAGAGCAUCUGCCGGGAGAUGUCUGGGGACCUGGAGCAGGGCAUGCUGGCCGUGGGUAGGUGCCCGGGCCCGCCUUGCCGCCGGCCCCCCCGUGGCUGUUGUGCGUUGUCUGUUUGCAGCGAGCACAUGAUCCACGAUUGCUAAACUCUGGGCUGAAGCGGUGGGAAAGCAGCCUGCUUCCCGGCUCGCAGCAUGGCCGUACCUCCCGCAGCCCCGCACGGUCCUGUUUAUAUUUCAGGCGCAGCUCUGGGGAAGGGAGCUGCCGUGUGGGCACCAGUGGGACGGCAGCCAGCUGCUCUCCCGGAGGAAGAUGACUCACAUCCUGCCAAGUUUCCUCUAAAAAUACAUCCCUGCAGGCAUUUGUCAGAUGUUUGUGAUGGAAACACGUGGAAAGAUUUUUACUUGCAACAGCAGAACAGGCCCUUGCUCAGGAAAGCUGGCUUGGCUCCCAGAACCGCAGAGUGCCCCUUGCCGUGCCCGCGCCCAGUGCAGCGGGGUCCAACCCACUCCAUGGCCACCCACCUGCCCAGGCCUCGCAGCCUCUCCAUGCCCUGGGGGGCUGUCACAAUCUGCCUGUCUUUAGCUGUGCUUUCCUUGGAGCCUUCUGGCCGGGGCAGAUGGCAAGUCCUCCCCAUUUCCUUGUGUGUCCACCGUGACACAGGGAUCGUGGCCGGAGACAUUCGUGCCACUUGCCCAUCCUUCCUUCGUGAGGGUCCCAGCCCCUAGGUUGCCUCACGUGCCAGUAUCCCUACUCGGCUCCCUUCACCACAGUGUUGCCUGGAAGGAGGUAGAGGUUCGGGUCUGGGCUCUAUGUUUCUAUUCCAGAGAGCCAGAACCAGGAGCACAGACAACUGAGCCUGGAGGAGAAUGAGAAGCGGAAGGUGAAGGUGUCCCCCGCGGCCUCGCACAAGGACACCCGUUCUCUCCGUGGCACCUUGGACGGAGAGUUUC